AGAAAUGGGCCAAAAAGACACGUUGGAUUACUUGUAUAUCUCGUCUGUGAUAACGCACAAAACAAAUUUUAUGAAAAUGUUGGGUGAGGUUGGGAAUAGGUUUGUUAUAAUUUUAUUUCUUUUGGCAUUCUGCUGCCACAGGACAUCUUCGCAAUGUGUACAAUUAACACCUUGCUCCUGUACAUUUUCCGAUGGCCAGGGAUAUAACCUGACAGAACUCGGUAACUCAGGGUUCCUUACAGCGCAUUAUAAUAGCAAUACUGUGUAUUUUAAUCCAUGUAAGAAUGUUCGACUGUCGGACAACAAGACUAGCGACUGUUACAACACAUCUUUAUGCCUCGAAACGGCCAACAAAACUGUUGUUAAUCUAGGCACGAUGGAAGAAACCAAAAUAAAAGUACAACCUCUUGAUAGUGAACCUGUUUUGACUAUUCAUCAUAAAAAUUAUACAACAAAAAUAAACUUACGAUGUCUGAAUGUAGUCAAUGGUUGCUUUACGGUAGAUGCUGUUGUUAAUAAUAAUUAUUAUUUAACAUUAAUAUCUCCUCAUGCUUGUAAAGUACAGUUGUAUGCAAAAGGCCUUUCUACCGGCUCCGUGUUGGUUAUCUUGUUUAUUAUAUUUACUGGAAUAUAUUUUAUUGGCGGAGUUAUAGCCUUAAAAUUAUUAAGAGGAGCAACAGGUUGGGAGAUGAUACCCAAUCACGAGUUCUGGGGAGAGCUUCCUUCGCUCAUCAGGGAUGGUAUCACUUUUACGUUCAGCUGUUGUCGCGAGGGUAGUUACGAUAGAAUAUAGAUUUUUAAUUUAUUUUAAACUAUAUUUUCUUUCAGUAUGAUUUGCGUUUAAUUUAACAACGUUUUUUUUUUUCAAAUUCAACGUUUGAUUUGAAUGGAUUAUAUUUCCUAUAAAUAGCAAACAGUGUACAUAUAUAAAGAGAAAUGAAUGUUUACGUUUUACUUUGCUUAUACUAAAAUUUACGGAAAACAAUGUUAUCGAAAGUACUCUAUUGCAGUUUUAGAUUAUAAAGUGAUAAAAGUAUUUUCUAUGACACCAUUUUCUUGUAUUUUUGUAAAAGGAAUAUGUGAUAUUUAUCGCGGCGACGCACGUAUGUCGGAGGUUGUUAUAAAUACAUAGAAUUCAUUACUACUUUUUAUACAUAAAUAUGUUAAUGCAAAUAAAAAAGGAAUUAAAACAGUCAAGAUUGCGCGUGCACGGCUUAUGUACGUGACACCAUAUUAUUAAAUUUGUACGUAAAAUUUGGCAGGGGAAUGGAUACCAAAUAUAAUAUUCUAAUUUUGGGAAUUUAAUAGUUUCCAAGAUAUUAGGUUAAUUUUAGCUGUCUUUUAUUUCGUCGUCGAACGGAGGGCCACUUGCGGGCAGAGAGAGUGCAACACUAUACAUAUUCAGGUUGGAUUAGAAUAAUAUAUUAGAAACCAACACACUAGUGACCCGAAGACGUUGGUGUCGCUGAAACAUUGUAUCGUUUUUAGCGGGAAUUUGAUCGACGACGGUGCAAGGACUACAAUGCAACGAAGAUAUUUGCGUAUGUGUGUGUAUAUAUAUAUAUAUAUAUAAUAUAUUUAGGGCCUGCAUAUUCUUAAUGUUUCUUUAUUAAUAGCUUGAAAACCAUUUAAUCUCCGAAGCUAAAACUUUAUAUUUGGUAUCCGUUUUUUCCCCCUUCGUUUUCUUCAAAUUUCAUGUUGAUCGGCCAUGGGUGCCAUUUGGAAGAAUAUUUCUCAAAUUAAUUCGACGUAGCGUACCAGUGAUUUAAGGACAUAAUUUUUUAUUAUCGAGUAUCUAAUAAUACAAAAGUAUAAAUACUUAUAUACAUACAUAU